CUGAUUCAACAUUCGCACUCACAAGAAGGAAGGCUACGAACAGGAUUUCAGAGCUUUUAUAUAGACUCUAAAAUACAUGUAAAAAAAUCAGUUUUAGAAACUGAUCCGUUCCAUCAACUAAUUAAGAAAUUUCUAGAAAAUCAUAUGUAUAUGUUGCAAACCUGUGAUAGCAGGCAGCGGUCCUGACUCCUUAUCGAGUGUGAAAUGAUGGGAGUGUGUAAGCUAACGCUAGCUAUUUCUGCAGUUCUUCUUAGCUAGCGAACGACAAAAAACAUCACAUCAUAAGGAAGUUGCAACAGUUAAACUAACAGUGGAUGGUACCAGAUAAGCCAUCUGAACCAAACAAGGCUGCUGUGGUGUUGUGAGGAGACUGCUUUCUGCUGCACCAGCUGCAUGAGACAUGCAGAGCUCUGAGCAUCUCUAACAGGCAGCACUCUGUGGAACCAUGGACUCUUCUUCUUCUGAGUCCCAGUCCCAGGGCGACGGUGAGACAGCUCUGCUCCAUGCAGAGAUCAGAGAGCACCCCACCACAUCAGCUGCCUUAAUUCCCAGUGAUGACCCCAUCCUAUUGACCCCAGGGAGGAUGAGCCAGCGAAGCCAGGGGAAGGAGCGAGAGAAGAGGGAGGAGAAGGAGCGAGAGAAGGAGAAGGAGCGAGAGAAGAGGGAGGAGAAGGAGCGAGAGAAGGAGAAGGAGCGAGAGAAGAGGGAGGAGAAGGAGCGAGAGAAGAGGGAGGAGAAGGAGCGAGAGAAGAGGGAGGAGAAGGACAGAGAGGAGAAGAAGGAGAAGGACAGAGAGGAGAAGAAGGAGAAGGACAGAGAGGAGAAGAAGGAGAAGGAUGGGAGCCUCCACACCCCCAGCAGGGAUCACCUCGCCAGCCCCUCUUCCCUCAGCCCGGGGCUCAGCUACACCCAUGGUUUCGAUCGGGGGAAAGAAGAUUCCCUGCCUCCGAAAGAGGACUCGUCUCACUCCAUAUCCAAGAGCAAGUCAGAGUCCAAGCUCUACAAUGGCUCUGACAAGGAUGUCUCGUCGUCCGGUAACAAGCUCACCAAGAAGGAGUCGCUCAAGGUACAGAAGAAGAACUACCGUGAGGAGAAGAAGAGAGCCACCAAGGAGCUCCUCAGCACCAUCACAGACCCCUCUGUUAUUGUCAUGGCUGACUGGCUCAAGAUCCGGGGUACUCUGAAGAGCUGGACCAAGCUGUGGUGUGUGCUGAAGCCGGGGGUUCUUCUCAUCUACAAGACCCAUAAGAACGGCCAGUGGGUGGGCACGGUGCUGCUCAACGCCUGCGAGCUCAUCGAGAGACCCUCAAAGAAGGACGGCUUCUGUUUCAAACUCUUCCACCCGCUGGAGCAGUCCAUCUGGGCAGUCAAGGGUCCUAAAGGAGAGACGGUGGGUUCCAUCACACAGCCAUUACCCGGCAGCCACCUCAUCUUCCGCGCCACCUCUGAGUCAGACGGCCGUUGUUGGAUGGAUGCUCUGGAGCUGGCUCUGAAGUGCUCCGGCCUCCUGAAGCGGACCAUGAUCCGCGAGGGCAAGGAGGAGCUGGCCAGCACAGCUGGGGAGAGCUCCCAAAUUAACUUCUACAGCCUGCUGAGAGCCCACAACAUGCAGGGUUUCCAGUUCAACGACAGUGACCAGUUCAAGGACCCUGACCUGUACUCAGACAAGUCGGACCGGGAGGGGGAGCAGGACCACGAGGAGUCAGACGUGGAGGGUCUGGGGAAGAGCGAGGAGAGUGACAGUGACACGUCGGAACGUCAGGAUGACUCCUACAUUGACCUUGACCCCAACGAGGCCCUGCGGGAGACUCCGUACCUGGAACAGUCCCACGAGGAGCUGGGAGAGGCUGGUGAGGCCUCCCAGACAGAGACGGUGUCGGAGGAGAAUAAGUCUCUGAUCUGGACGCUGCUGAAGCAGGUCAGGCCUGGGAUGGACCUGUCUAAAGUGGUCCUGCCCACCUUUAUCCUGGAGCCACGCUCCUUCCUGGACAAGCUGUCCGACUACUACUACCAUGCUGACUUCCUCUCUGAGGCAGCUGUGGAGGAGAAUGCCUACAACAGGAUGAAGAAGGUAGUGAAGUGGUAUAUCUCUGGAUUCUACAAAAAGCCACAGGGCCUGAAGAAGCCAUAUAACCCCAUCAUCGGUGAGACCUACCGCUGCAUGUGGCUCCAUAGCAAGACCAACAGCAAGACAUUCUACAUUUCUGAACAGGUGUCCCAUCAUCCUCCAGUGUCAGCGUUCUACGUCAGUAACAGGAAGGACGGCUUCUGUCUCAGCGGAAGCAUCCUGGCCAAGUCCAAGUUCUACGGAAACUCCUUGUCGGCCAUAUUGGACGGAGAGGCUCGGCUCACAUUUCUCAACAGAGGAGAAGACUACGUCAUGAACAUGCCCUACGCCCACUGCAAAGGCAUCCUGUAUGGCACCAUGACUCUGGAGCUGGCUGGCCAGAUCACCAUUGCCUGUGAGAAGACAGGAUACAGUGCCCAGCUCGAGUUCAAACUCAAGCCGUUCUUGGGUAACAAUGACAGUGUAAACCAGGUCUCUGGAAAGAUCAAGCUGGGGAAGGAGGUGCUGGCUACGCUGGAGGGACACUGGGACAGUGAAAUCUUCAUCAACGAUAAGAAGACCGGGGUGGUGGAUACGUUUUGGAACCCCACUGCAGAGCUGCGUCAGAGCAGGCUGACACGCUGCACCGUGCCUCCUGAGGACCAGGGAGACUAUGAGUCUGAGAGGUUAUGGCAGCAUGUAACGAGGGCCAUCAACAACAAGGACCAGACAGAGGCCACCAAUGAGAAGUUUAUCCUGGAGGAGGCUCAGAGGAAGUCAACCCGCGAGCGCAAGGCCAAGUGUGAGGACUGGGCGCCCGGGCUCUUUGAACAGGACCCUGUCACCGGAGAGUGGCAUUACAGAUAUGCCGACACCCGGCCGUGGGAUCCGCUGAAUGAUAUGAUUCAGUUUGAGAAAGACGGCUGGAUCCAGACUAAAGUGCGGCAUCGCACCCCUAUGGUGACAGGGCCCAAAAGAAAGCACAAGCACAGUGACAAGCCCAAGAAACCUGAGAGUGGCUGCUCCUCCCCAGAACCUGACCGCCAGGACUCCUCCGGCAGCGAGCGACACAAAAGCAAGCACAGUAGCCGGUUAAGGAAAAAGGGCCCAGACCUUAGUGAACUUCAAAGUGCCAUUGAUUCUAUAAAGAAGACACAGGAGAACAUUUACAAGAGCAUCGGUGUGCUGCGCUCCCGAACGACAGUGGGCCAGGCGGCAGCAGAGGGCGGAUUCCUGCAGCAGCGCGACUACGCCAUCAUCAUCCUCCUCAUCCUCCUUCAGGUCUUCAUCAACUUCCUGUUCAAGUAGCAGCCGACAGACUGACAGAGAGAGAGACCGAUGGAGAGAGAGAGACAGGACUGAUGGGGGGUUUGUCCAGGCUAAGGAGGAGAAACAGUCUGGAAGUGAAUGAACUUCAAGAGCACCCAGUAGCUCUGCCUCAACCCUCUCUCUCUCUCUCUCUCUACUGAGUUGACUCUGCCCCACUGUCCUCAGACGGGCCACCAUUGUCACACACACGUCUCCAAAGCAAGCAUUCCUGAAAGAGGCUCCUCAAAAAAAACUGAAAUUGUUUUUAAUUUCUAUUUAUUUGUACCUGUUUAAAGAUCCAUGUAUUUUUAAAGGGGGAGUGGCACCGGCCAGGACUGAAGGGAAGUUGAGGUCAGCGUUCGGCCUUAGCCGGCGUCAUGAUGUCGUCAACUGGGCCUUGGAGAAGGCAUUGACAUCUGGCGGCCAUUUUUUAUUUUGCUAACGGACACCGCUCCUUGCAUUUCACAUUGCCCCCAUUUCACCCGCCUCCCCAACGACAGGGAACAUUUUACACUUUUGAGAUUUUUGAAGAAAGAUUACUUUCAUUCCAGUUUUUUUUUUAAAGAAUGUUCAUUUGUUUUGUUUGUUUGGUGUGUCCUUUGUGAGUAGAACCUCUAGUUAAAAAAUAUACGAGAAGGGAGAAGAACAGUUUUAAGCGGUCCAAUAUAUGUGACGUUCUUUUGAAGCUUUGACAAGGCUCGAGUUUCCUAGCUUGACGGUGAAUCGGCAAACAAAAGAAAGUAAUUGUAAUCAAUCGAUUUGAAUCGUUCCACUCAAAUUUGUAGACAAGGUCAAUUGUAUAAACUAGAUGCUUGACAUGAAUUGUUGCUGUGUGGUUAACAUGUACGGUAGGAUGAAUGCUCAGCUGAUCACUUGCCCGAUAGUGUGUAAACAUCACGAUGGCACCUAGUAGACAGUAGAGUCCCCAGGCUGUUCAUAGACUUUUGUACAGUAGUAACUCAACAUCGUCAGCCAGUCAGAAAUCAACUAGAUGUAGUGAAAAUCUGCCAGAUGCAGUGUUUCAGGUGUAGUAUAGGCCGUCAGUCCACUUCCUGUGUACAUAGCUAACGGACUGACUCACUCAUAGCAGUUGUGUUCUUUCCUAAAGAGACGUUCUUUCACACAGACAAGACCCUCUGUGGAACAAGCCAGUCUGGCAUUAUCAAUACCCCAUUACCUCGGUGUCUUUGUGGGCUGCCCACUCUGUGUGUGUCUGUCGUCAUCGCCUCGUCACUGUCGUUCACUCAUCCAAACCAGACGUUUAGAAUGUGGUCACAAGAAAAUAACACCCGUGCCUUCUAGAGUGGGGGGUUUGGGGGGUGGGGCUAAUGGGGGGAUAGGGAUUGAGAGGGCUGAGAGUUUGGGGGGUGGGUGGAAGUUUGAGGCUAAUGGGGGGGUUAGAGGUGGGACUGGGGUUUUGGGGGGGCGCUAACGGAGGUUAGGGAUGGCGUGAGGAUGAGGGUUUGGUGGAUGGAUGUUUGGGGCUAAUGGGGGGGUAGUGAUUGGGAGGGGUGGGGACAGUGAGAGAGUAGGUAGGUGUACAGUAGAAGUGUAAGGGCGAGCAAUAGCCAGUGUUUUGAAGUGGUCGUGCCAUAUCAAGCCUUAGAGAAGAGUCCUGCUUGGCCCCUCCCAGCGUUGCUGUGGUUACGCUGCCGUGGGAAUUCUGGAAGCUGAUUCCUGCCACUUGGAGAGAGGAGGUUAUCUCUCUGAAUCAUCUCUCCAUAUGUCCUCUCUUUCUUUCUCUCCCUCUCUCUCUUCACAAGGCACCAAAACCAGGGGAACAACAUGGCUUCUCUUCCUUGUCAUUGUUCAUUGUGUUGUAUUAUAAUGAAAAUCACUUUCUGAUUUUUAUGUGGCACAGUUUUGCUUGCUCCAUUGUUUUGUUUUUCCUCACUUUUCAGUGUUGAUUUAUACAGACGAUACCGCUGAUAUGAUUCUGUUCCAUGUCGUUUUGCGGUCACACCUCGAUGACUUGAGUUCAUUGUCAAAUUACCUUUUUUGCAUCCCAAAUGGCACCCUCUUCCCAAAAUAGUGUCCUACUUUUGACCAGAGCCCUAAAAUACAUGUAGUGUACCAUAUAGAGAAUAGGGUGCUAUUUGGGACCUACCGCUGGACUCUCUGCAUCCGGACACCCCUGAUCUCUCUGUACCAGGACAUCCCUGGUCUCUCUGUACCAGGACACUGCUGGUCUCUCUGUACCAGGACACCGCUGGUCUCUCUGUACCAGGACACCGCUGGUCUCUCUGUACCAGGACACUGCUGGUCUCUCUGUACCAGGACAUCCCUGGUCUCUCUGUACCAGGACAUCCCUGGUCUCUCUGUACAAGGACACCCCUGGUCUCUCUGUACAAGGACACCCCUGGUCUCUCUGUACAAGGACACCCCUGGUCUCUCUGGUAUGUAUUUGUAUGACAAUAACACCUUCCUGAAAGUUAUGUUGCCACAUCCCCAAAUAAAAUCAAAAUGACGUCUU